AUGGACGACGACCUCAUGCUCGACACAGCUUCCGCCGACCUGCGCACAAACCCUCCCGCAUCUUCCUCUUCCUCUGCACCACAACCAAAGAAGAAAUCUCGCAGGGGUGGUGACUCGGCUUCUCAGAAACGACGCUGUGUAAGUACCGCUUGCAUCGCAUGUCGCAGGAGAAAGUCGAAAUGCGACGGCGCCCUACCCAGCUGCGCGGCUUGCGCCAGCGUCUAUGGCACCGAGUGUGUCUAUGAUCCGAACUCAGACCACCGCCGAAAAGGCGUCUACAGGGAAAAGAUCGACAGCAUGAAGGCUCGCAACUCCACCCUACAGAUUCUCAUCGAAGCCAUCCUCAAUGCCAGCGAGGAUGAGGUACCCGACAUUGUCAAGAAGAUUAGGACUUGCGAUAGUCUUGACGCCGUUGCGGAGCAAAUCUUGAAGCAGGAAUCUUUGCUCCAAGAGGCGGAAGAAAAUCAACAGAGAGAUGAGGAGUACACGACAAACAUGCCCUUCGAAGGCGAGAGAGAGCUGGCUCGUAAGAUGGGUGAACUGCGCCUCGAGAAUGGCUCAGUACGCUUCAUCGGCGGCACUUCACAUCUCAUCUAUCUCGGCGACCCGAGCGACGCAAACUCGAACGAGCCAGAGUCGGACUCCAAUGCAGCCAAUGAGGACCCCAUCACCAGCUGGACACAAGUCACCCAGGAUAAGGAACUCAUCGCCCAUGUCCUGAACAUGUACUUCAACUGGCACUAUACCUAUUUCACGACACUCUCUAAAACACUAUUCUAUCGAGACUUCCUCAAGGGCAGGCACGGGGUACAGCAGGCAAACACCGUUUACUGCUCGCCGCUACUGGUCAACGCCAUGUUGGCUCUUGGGUCCCACUUCACGAGUGUGCCGGGGGCCUACGGGACGCCAGGGGACAAUCGAACCAAGGGAGACCAUUUCUUCGCCGAAGCCAAGCGUCUGAUCGUUGAGAACGAUGAGUACGAGCGCCCAAAGCUCACGACUGUUCAAGCUCUGGCCCUCAUGUCCGUCCGGGAAGCUGGCUGUGGUCGUGAAGCCAAAGGUUGGGUUUAUUCUGGUAUGGCAUUCCGAAUGGCUCAGGACCUAGGACUAAACUUCGACGAUGGGGGAAUGUCGACCGACAAACAGAAUUUGGGAGAACAUGCCGUAGAUGCCAGGAGGAUGACCUUUUGGGGCUGCUUCUUAUUCGACAAGGCGUGGUCCAACUACCUUGGACGGCUACCACAAAUACCGAAAAACUCUUAUAACGUCCCGAAGUACGACGUCUUCCCCGCUGAGGAUGCCGAAAUGUGGGCUCCGUAUACGGACACGGGAUUUGAUCAGACGUGCAAACAGCCGUCAAGGACACGAGCAGUGGGACUGGAACUGAUCAAACUCGGCGAGAUUAGCAGCGAUCUUUUGCUCUUCUUUUAUCACCCGAAUCACAUUGGCCGGUCAAGCGGCAAAUCCGUCGAGUUGAAGAAAUUGAGCGAGUUGCAUCGAAGACUGGAGGACUGGCGCAAGGAAUUGCCUAAAGAGCUGGAACCGAAGGAGGGGCAAACGCCGAAUGUGAUCCUGGUGCAUAUGUUCUUCCACCUUCAGUACAUCCAUCUCUUCCGGCCCUUCUUGAAGUACUCGCCGGGGGCGUCCCCACUUCCUUCCCACGUCUCGCCCAGACGGAUUUGUACAGCCAACGCUGGAGCGAUAUCCAAACUUAUGCGCUUAUACAAAAAGACAUGGAAUUUGCGACAGAUUUGCAACAUUGCUGUGUACAUGAUUCACAGCGCCUGCACAAUUCACCUCCUCAACUUGCCCGAAAAGACGGCCAAACGAGACAUCAUUCAUGGCGUGAAACAUCUCGAAGAAAUCGCCGAAGACUGGCCCUGCGCAAGACGGACGUUGAGUAUAAUCAGCGUGUUGGCUCGGAAAUGGAAAGUCGAACUACCCGAGGAAGCGUCUGCCGUGUUGCAACGGACAGAUGAGAAAUACGGCCACUUCAACACCUCUGACGUGCCCACACCCCAAUCACAUCCCACGGCCUCGCCAUCUCCACCACAGCCCCGAGACUCGCCAAAUACGAACAAGCCGGAACAGUAUAGUCCGCUCACACAAUACGCCCAGAGCCAGUUGAACCAGGAUGACCUGACACAGAGCGAUAUCAUCAUGGCAAGCGCUUCACUAGCCCAAAUCAGCGGCGCAAGACCUCCGACAUCGCGGCCACCCGCCACGACCGGUAGCUCCAGCAUGAACCUCGGACCUGAUACUCUGGGCGGUAGCUGGCCCCCUUCCGGCCUCUCCCAGUCCAUGUACCAGCAGCAGCAACAGCAACAACGGCAACAGCAACGGUUUAACGCCAUGAACAGCGCCCAGGGAAACAACCUCAACCCUCCGCCGUCCUCCGGGGCGAACACGCGGCAAAUAUCGCCGGGCCAGGUGUUCCAAGGCCUCGACCAAGACUGGUUCCUGAACGACGGCGCCAAGUGGCACCAGAACUUCGAGGCCUGGAACAUGACCGGCGCCGGCAUGCCCACCAGCGAACAGAUGUUCAUGUUCCAAGGCGGCAACGCGCCGAUGCCCCCACAGCGGCAGUCGUCAGAGGACGCCUCUAACUCCACCAACUUUGAUAAUCUGACUUCUCUAGCGACAAACGGGUGGCUUCCGGGGCUUGACUAG